AUGGCUCCUUCACUCCAAAUCUCGAUACCGACGACAUCAACAGCCGAACAAGAUGGCAAGAAAUAUACUCUCUAUCACGUCCAACUCGCGCUUCCUAUCCGCACACACGAGACCCGUAAACGCUACUCGGACUUCACCUCCCUCCACGAUACCCUCGUAUCCCAGACCGGUGCUGCACCUCCAGCCCCUCUACCGCCAAAAUCAUGGCUUCGUCGUACAGUCGAUAAUCCCGCUUUGACCGAACAACGACGACGCGGCCUCGAAGCCUACGUACGAGCAAUCCUCGAUGCCCAAGAUGCACGCUGGCGGUCCUCGACCGUAUGGCGUCAUUUCCUCGGCCUGCCCAACGAUGACAAACAAUCCAAGAUCAAGCAGCAGAACGACAGUGUUGCCGACCCAGCAGCAUGGUUAGAUUUACACAGAGAUGUCAAGAACCAACUGCACGAUGCGCGUCAACUGCUCAAGAAGCGAGAUGCUGCAGCCACUGCCCAAGAACAACACGCCAUUUCCGCAAACGCAAAGGCUGCUCUGGUGCGUGCGGCUACAGGGCUUGCUAGACUGGACGACGCACUCACCAAAGCUGCUACCAAAACAAAAGAAGAUGAUGAUGGAGGUUGGGGUCAGGCCUCCCGUCUAGGCGAAGGAGAAAUUCGCCGUCGUCGCGAUAUGCUCGGUCUUGCGCGUGCGGAAACAGAGUCUCUGGAGUCCAACCUCAAGUCCUUGGUCGUGAAGCCACAGGGAAGCAUGUUGAGUGCUUCUUCAGCAGCAGCGGCCGCUUCAGACAGUGAUAAACGCGCACUCUGGGGUGAUGCGCCUGCGGCGAGGAGCUCUAGACGUGUGUUGGGUGGUCCAGCACAGGAGACGGACAAGACUCGCGAAUUGGACAACAGUGGUGUGCUACAACUGCAAAAGCGCAUCAUGGGCGAGCAGGAGCAGGAUGUGCUCGAGAUUGGCAAGGCUGUGACGAGGAUGAAGGAGAUGGGUAUAAUGAUUAACGAGGAGCUGGUUGUGCAGAACGAGAUGCUGAAUAUGCUGGACACUGACGUGGAUCGCGUACAAGGCAAGAUUGACGUUGCGAAGAAGAGGAUCAAGAAGAUCAACUAG